AUGUUUACUUUAUUAGAAAAUUUACCAAAUGAAUUAAUAAUAGAAAUAUUUGGUUAUACAAAAAUUUGUGAUAUAUCAUUUGGUUUUUGGAAUUUAAAUACACGCUUUAAUCAACUUAUUCGUUCACUUAAAUAUAUAUCUUUAAUUUUAACGAGAAAUCAAACAUAUGAAAAGAUUUUAUUAUCUGAACAAAUAACUCGUAUUGUUAUUGUUACAUUAGAUAAUAUUUAUUUAAAACCAUUUAUUAAUUUACGUUCAUUAAAAUUAAAUCUAGCAACUGAAAAUCACUUAAAACAAAUUCAAUCUAAUAUUUUACCAAAUCUUGUUUAUCUUUCAUUACCACUUUCAUUUGAUUCUCGAUCUAUAAAACAAUUAGCAUCUGAAUCAGAUGAUUGCUAUGCUGAAAAAAAUGAUCGAGUGGAAUUAUGA